AUGUGCGAGGCUCAGCGCGAGAGACGUGGGCAAACAGCGACAUCGUCGGCGUCGGCGUCGUCCAGCGACAGCGGUGGCAGGCGAUACACCGCGGCAGAGGAGCUCGCCGCGCAGAUCGUUGACUGCGCGAGUCUCCUGACGUGCAUGAACGCCGAGGAGGCCGUGGGGUCCAUCAGGCCGCUCUCUCCGAGGAGCCGUGCCGUGACGGCGUGCGUCUCGUGGCGCACGGCAGCGCCAGCGCCAGGCGACGUGCGGUCCGUGGAUGUGCGCUUCAGUUACGCGGAGGCCUUUACAUGCCUCCCAAAGUCCGGCGGCGACUGCGCCUACGAGUCGCUGAUGGCGUUGUUGGUGGCAAACGGCUGUGGAGUCGCCGCGGCGGCAUGA